AUGGAGCAAAAUAAGGAGAAAAACCCCCCUUGGCUAUCAGUACCACAGUUUGGAGAAUGGGAUCAGAAGGGUCCAUUGCCUGAUUACUCCAUGGAUUUUUCUAAAAUCCGAGAAAUGCGUAAACAGAACAAGACUAAUGCCUCUAGAGCAAGUCUUGGGAAUGAGGAGGAGUUUACAACUUCUGUUCAGAAAGAUACAAAAACUGAUGACAGUGAGAUUCAACAUCCUCACUAUCACAAAACUAACUCUUCAGCUACAAGGAGGAGCUUCUUGAGCUACUUCAACUGUUGCAUAAAAGCCUGA